AUGACCACCUCGCUUGUGCUUCUUGCGUGCCUCAUAGCCACUUCUUCGGCUUUCCUGCUCGAGGGCCUCGGACUCGGCGGGCUCGGCCCAAAACAGUGCUGCUGUCAGCCACCGCCACCACCUCCGCCAUGUGGUGGUGGUGGUUACGCAAGUGGUGGAUAUGAAGCGCCGCCACCACCGCCACCACCACCAAUGUACCCAACGGGAUACAGAAAUAAGAGAUCUAACAAGGACCGUUUGUUGGAUGCUUCAAGCGGGGAUCAAUUCUGCAACAGCGUUGCUGUCCGUGACAUCAUUAAAGCGGGAAUGAGUGAAGACGAGAAAGAGUCCCGUGAGACGAUCAUCACCCUUCUCAAGACGCAACUCGAUCGUCAAUUUGUCGUCGUGUGCUCCAAGAAGCACUUUGACUUCCAAGCGUCAGCCGAUUCGGAAUUCUGUUCGAUCACCAGCAAAUCGGGAAUGACGUGCUCAACAUUCGUCUUCUAA